AUGCCAGGGGAACUUACCGAAGGAGGAUCAGGAUUCUAUCCUGUUUCUGCUUUGAACUUUUCGUUCACGCUUAAUGAAACAAACCGGUCCAUUGGAGAGAACUUUCACUUCUCUGAUUUGGAUAAAAGUGAUUUCGUUGGUGAUGGAUCCGCCAUCCUGAGAAUAAUAAUAUCUAUAAUUUAUUCUGUGGUAUGUGCUUUGGGGUUGAUUGGAAACAUCCUUGUCUUAUACCUCAUGAAGUCUAAACAAGUAUGGAAGAAAUCGUCUAUUAAUCUUUUUGUUACGAGUUUAGCAGUGACUGAUUUUCAGUUUGUAUUAACUCUUCCCUUUUGGGCAGUGGAGAACGCUUUGGACUUCACCUGGCUUUUUGGAAAAGCUAUGUGCAAGAUAGUGUCUUAUGUGACGGCGAUGAAUAUGUACGCCAGUGUGUUUUUCCUGACUGCCAUGAGUGUCGCACGGUACUGGUCCGUUGCGUCUGCACUCAAGAGCAGGAGGCGCAGUCCGCGCUGCUGCUCGGCGCGCUUUAUUAGCUUUGUCAUAUGGAUUGCCGCUAUAUCCGCAGCUUUGCCACAUGCGGUGUUUUCCACGACAGCGACCGUCUCCAACGAGGAACUUUGCCUUGUUAAGUUUCCAGAUACUGUUGAUGUACAAUUCUGGCUUGGUCUUUAUCAUAGCCAAAAAGUAUUGAUCGGGUUUCUAAUCCCUUUGGGCAUCAUCAUAGUCUGCUACCUUCUGCUGCUGCGCUUCAUCACGUCCAAGAACGUGAAUACCGCUAGCACAAAAAGACGCUCCAAAGUGACUAAAUCUGUGACUAUUGUGGUUCUGUCAUUUUUCCUCUGUUGGUUGCCCAACCAGGUGCUUACGGCUUGGGGGAUUCUCAUAAAACUGAACGUCUUGCAUUUUAGUUGGGAGUAUUACACUACGCAGGCAUACGUAUUCCCAGUAUCCGUCUGUCUUGCGCACUCUAACAGCUGUUUAAACCCCAUAUUGUAUUGUCUAAUGAGAAGAGAGUUUAGAAAGGCUUUGAAAAAACUUUUUUGGCAAAUAACGUCUCCAUCAGUGACCAACAUGAGGCCGUUUACAGCCACGACCAAGCCAGAGCUUGACGAGCAGGGUCAUCCGCUGGUUCCGAUAAAUCCUGCAGAGCCUGCCUUGGUUUUCUAUCCACCUGGUGCGGUGAUUUACGACAGCAGAAACGAUAUGCUCCCAAACAGUACGUAACUUCUCCGUACCGUUGUGACUGUA